AUGUCUAAUUACGAAGAACAUUUUUUAAAAGUGAUAAAUUUUCUAAAAUUGUAUGAAAAAUUGAUAGAUUGUCAUUUGGUUGACUUUUUAACCGAAGACUUAUGGGAAAAUUGUUUACCAAGAGAUUUUAAAUUAUAUUUAGAAACAAAUGGCAAUAAUAUUUUUAGAAAGAUCGAACAGUUUAACGAAUUAACCAAGCACGAAGACUCAAAAUUAUAUACAUUUUUAAGAAACGUUAAAGCGCUCAAAUUAGAAAGCUGCCAAAAUAUUAUAACACGGUGUGAUUUUUUAAAUGUUCUUAACUAUGAGAACGCUAAAGUUUAUAAGACUAUUCCGUCUGAAUUCAUGAAAGUUAAGAAGUGUCACGAGGUUGAUGUGUUUACAAAGACAAUUGUAUGGCUUAAUCAGAACAAAUCAAGCGUUAUUAUCGAUGCAGGUGCUGGGAAAGGCUAUUCUUCUUUAUAUUUAUCAAAUUAUUAUAAUUUACCUGUAUUGUGCAUUGAAUGUUCGCUAAUCAAUCAUAACAGUGCAAUUCUUCAUCGGAGUCUUGUAAAUAAGAAGAAUAAACGUUCUACAUCUUUGAUUAAUUAUGCAGUGGAGCAGAUCGACGAGACAACGGAUUUUGUGCAGCUGGUUAAGAAUUAUUUUCCAAAUUUACAUCCGCAAAGAGAGCUAGUUAUGACCGCUCUACAUGCCUGUGGAUCCCUUACUGAUUCUGUGAUAAAAUCAUUUUUAAAUGUCAGUGAUAUAAGAUGCCUAUGCAUAGUUCCUUGUUGUUAUCAUUUUACAUCAAAAUCACUUUCAAGUCUAUAUGAAUUUUCAAAAAAUUCAAGAAUGUUGGCUCAGCAAUCUACAGACAGAAUAAAUCAUAAAAAUGAAUUUUUAUCACCAUCGCUGUUUUAUAGAGCUGUAUUACAAGUUGUUUUUCGAUUAUUAGGAAUUAAAAAUACUACUAUUGGACGUGGAGCGCCAUUAGAUAACUUCCUAAUUUAUGCUAAAUGGGCUUUAAAAAAAGUUAAUGCAAAAGAGGUACCUACGGACGAGAUACUGGAAAAAACUUACGAAGAAUUUAAAGAUUACAAAUGGAAAUUUAAUAUUUUCCAGCUAUUAAGAAUACAGUUAGCGCCUGUUGUAGAAGCAGCCAUUAUUUUAGAUAAGAUUUUAUUUAUACACAAAUUUAAUAUUUGUACGAAACUGGAAGUAGUACAACUUUUUGAUCCACUAUUAUCCCCAAGAAAUUGGGCCAUUAUUGCUACAAAGUAAGAUAAAAUUUCUGCAACGUAUGCAUAAAAAAUGUUCUUUUGCAAAUAAAACAACUA